AUGGCUGAGAUGCAAGUCCAAACCGAGCCCCCUUCUAUUGGCAAGGCUUCGGCUGAGCUGCAGCCAAACUCUGCGGCUCCGGCUCAAGCUCAAGCCAAGCCCCCAUCUGACGCUCCAGCUCCGGCUGCGCAGCAGCAAAAGCGAGGUCCAUCUAUCCACCAGAUAUACGCGCUUCCUGCACCCAUCCGAACCUUCCCCCUCCCAACCUUCUAUCCCAACAACCCCAUUUCGCUGUUUCACGUUGCCUAUGCAUGGCUGGGCCAGGUUUUCCGACCCCCGCCCGCAGAGCCUGCCGUGAUCCACCAUGGCGUCUGGUCUGAGACGACAAUCUCAGUACACAUCAAAGACGAAAAGUCUAUGAGGGCCUUGUGGGAGCAAGGCUUCUACGGAAAGGGCAACCUGAGCCGCAGUGAGCCCAAUUGGCUUAAGAGAGAACAAGUCCAAAGAGGACUCCAGGAAGUCCAUGUCAGCGAAAUCUUUACGCAACAGAGGCGAGAGGAGCGAGCUCAAGCCAAGUGGGAGCGUGCGCGACUUGAGCAAGAGGCCAUUUUGCGGACAAAGCUGGAAGAGGAGCGGCUGGCCGCAUCCAGCCGCCGUGCAGAAAAGGACAAGGCUGUGCCAGACUCUACCCCAAGCUUCGUUGCGCCUGUUGGUCCGUUGGAGCUCCUCGCACUUCCAAAUUCAGCAGUCAUUGUAUCGCGCCUAGAGUCGAUUCUGACACCAAUAUCGAUUCUUGCACCUGUUGGACCGCUGCAGCUUUUGGCACUCCCGAACUCUGCUGCCGAUAUUGCCAAGCUUGCCAAAGUAAAUGCGUCCAAAGCCAACGAAUCGUCUUCUUCUCCUCACGGUUCAUCAACGGAAGACUCCGAAGAGCCCCGAACCCCCAUCACCAACGAAACUCCAGAAGUCUUUAGAGAUGAUAGAUCUGUAAUUUCAUCGAGUGAUGGCGUGGGAAAUAAGACGCUGAACCGCAGAAAGAGCGUUCGAUUCUCUCCCACCGUGGAAUCGGCAACGUAUAAGGCAUCCGAUCCUCCAAGCCCCAACCGCUCGCCUCCAGUGUUGUUUUCCCAGCCAUCCCAAGCCAAUGGCAACGGCAACUCAGAUAGCCAAACCCUGCCCUCACUUCCAUUGGCAAGCGUACCUGUGUCCGACCCCAUUAUCAAUAAGGAACAUCUCCAGUUGACGCCAGAGGAAGCUUUCUUCCUUUCCUUUGGCCUUGGUGUUUUAGAAGUUACCGACCCUGCAUCUGGCAGAGUGCUGUCGCGCCAAGAGCUCUUUUCUCUAUUCCGGCAAUAUUCAUACUUUCCUCCCCGCAAUGGCCCUGACGAACCCGAUCUGGAGCCGGACGAUGGAUUCUUGGUUCACUAUGCCGUCUACCAUCAUUUCAGAUCUCUGGGAUGGGUUCCUCGUGGGGGCAUCAAAUUUGGAGUCGAUUGGCUCCUUUACACCAGGGGUCCAGUGUUUGAUCACGCCGAGUUUGGCCUGAUUGUCAUUCCCUCGUAUUCAGAUGCAUGGUGGAAGAAAGAAGGAAGACAAGGCCCGCGAAAGCCGUGGUCGUGGCUGCACAGCGUUGUGCGAGUCUUGUCCCACGUCACCAAGAGCUUGGUGUUAAUCUACGUGGAUGUGCCGCCUCCUCAUAAAUUUGAAGAGGCGUUGAAGGAUGGCAUUACGGAGGCGAUGAAAUUGUACAAGAUCAGAGAGGUUAUGGUAAAGAGAUGGUCGAGCAAUCGAAAUCGAUGA